AUGACGGUUCAGCGGUGGCGGAACGGGUGGGGGAGGGUAGGAUGGUGCAUUCUGUGGUACGGCGCGCUGCCGAUCUACGGGACGGAUAUUCCCUCGGAGGAGGGUUCCCCCGGGUCGGAUCCCACGACGACCUCAACAAGAACGACGCCCACCCCCAGUACUGCCAUUCCCAACGACUAUGCCUGGCUCAAUCUCGGGUCGUCCGUUCCGUUCUUUUCGCAACUAUUCGACAAUCCCGAUCCUUCCGAUGAUCCCUUUGAUCGCCUUGCCGGUUCCCACGAAUCGGAAGAUUCCGAUCUCUUUCGGAAGCUCGCUUCCCUCUUUCGAUCGACACCAUCUCUGAGUGUGUUUCCGAACGACAACAGCAACAACAAUUACGACAAGGUACACGACGAGAGUCAGAAAUUCGUCAACCAAAUUGUGAACACCUUUAGUUCUCCCGGGCAAGCACAAACUCGCCAACAAAUCUUCAAAUUGUUCCAGCAAAGCAUCAUCGCCAUGCAGGAACAAAUGCAGAAAACCUUUGGAGACAUGCAGAACGAACUUUGGGAGCGUUUCAAUCUACUGCAACUCACCUAUUUUCUACAGCACGAAGAAUCCGUCAAGAAUCCUGUUUGGAAACGACGCCAGCAUCGAUUUAUGACGCCACUGCCCGUCAGCGAGGCCGUACAACUGGGCGAUGGACUCUUUCUCUCCCAUCUCGCUUACGUGGACGACUGUCACCUCAUUCAGGAAUAUCUGCGGAGCUUCCAUAACGGCGCCUUUGUCCUACGCAACUGCACCACCUCCAGUCAACCCAACCAACCGGCCCACUUUUUGGCCGUCCGUAAGAUCGCCAGCCCCUCCCAGACAACCACAAAAUCCUUCCUGACGCCUGAGUGGAAAUGGCUCAUUCAUCAGUACUUGCCCUUCUUCUUUCGUCCCGAACCGCUCGAAGUCGUCCUCACGAUCCGCGGCACCAAAGAAAUAGGUGACUUCUUGUCCGACGCCAUGUUAGCCGCCGCGAAGCAUCGGAAUGGUAAGGCACACGACGGUAUACUCAAAUCAACCCAAUGGAUGCUGAAAACAUACACGGACGAUUUGCAACAAUUGUUAAAAGAUUCUCAACGGGAUAGAAUGAAUCUAUGGUUGGUCGGACAUUCUCUAGGAGGCGGAACGGCGGCCUUAAUGGCCAUUGAGUUGUUCGAAACGCAAGACGGAUGGGUUCAGCCCCACGCAUUGGGCUUUGGUACGCCCUCCUUGGUCUCAGCGGAACUAUCCCGCAAGUACAAACCAAUUGUUAAGACCGUCAUUAACGAUGCCGAUGCCGUGCCCCGCAUGUCGGGUGCGUCCAUUGCCAACGCUUGGCUACGAGUCGUCCGUUUUAACUGGACCGAUGCCUUCUUGCAAGACUUUGAUCAAACCGUUGGUUUUUUGAGCGAUUACUUCUUAAAAUUCAAGAUGAAUACCGAUUGGAUCAAUGAGUGCUCGCGUGACAUUCGACAGAUACUCAUCACUUGGCUUGAUCAAAAGGUUUCUCCGGGCUUGAAGAACUUGCCUAAAGCGACCGAAAAAGAAUCCGAACUCAUUCCUCCCGGAAACUGUGUCCACUUAUACCGUGAUGGAACUUCCUGGCAAGGAGCAUACACCAGCUGUUACUUCUUUCAAGAGUUGGAAGUGGUUCGGCACUUGGUCGAUGAUCAUUUGAUUCCGGGCGGGUACUACCGUGGCCUUUUGAAUUAUGUUCGCGAGCAGAAACAGAAUGUUUCAUGGAAAUUCGACCAUGACCUGCUCACACUCCCGGUGGGCUAG